GGUGCUUGUUGGCUCCAGAGUAGCGUCGUAACGACACUUUUUUCUCCAGUCCCUGUUAAAAGAGUUUGACCAGGGCCAGAGUUGGUGCUGGGGGGUCGCUGAUAUAAGCUUUCCCGGGGGGCACUUGCAGCGUUUUUCCCAGCAGAUUUUUUAUUUUUAUUUUAUUAUUAUUUUUAUUUUUGUACUUCUGUAUAUCGCCACUCAAGAUCUGAUACCCCUACGAGAUUUUUCCCUUUCAGAUCAUGAACAAACUAUAUGUUGGGAAUUUAAGUCCUUCGGUCACUGUCGAGGACUUGAAGGAGCUGUUUGGGGAAAGGAAGCUGCCAGUGGCCGAGCAGGUCUUUCUGAAAACGGGCUAUGCUUUUGUGGACUUCCCCGACCAGAACUCGGCCAUAAAGGCUAUAGAGACUUUAUCUGGUAAAGUUGAAUUGCACGGAAAGGUGAUAGAGGUAGACUACUCGGUUCCCAAAAAACUAAGGAGUCGGAAGAUCCAGAUCCGAAACAUCCCGCCGCAUUUACAGUGGGAGGUUUUGGACGGCCUUCUAGCUCAGUAUGGUACUGUCGAAAAUGUGGAACAAGUGAACACUGACACAGAAACAGCAGUCGUGAAUGUUACAUACGCUACCAAGGAGGAAGCUAAAGAAGCCAUUGAGAAGUUGUCAGAGCACCAGUGUGAGGACUACUGCUUCAAGGUUUCCUACAUCAUGGACAUGGAUGCUGCUCCGGCCAUGCAGACCCCUCGCUCCAGGCGCGGGGGCCGGCCGUCCCGGGACCAGGGGACCCCCCAACCCGGGCCCUCAGGAUGUUACGGAGGUCCCCGCCCCAGAUCGCAGGACUUCCCCCUGCGCAUGCUCGUGCCUACUCAGUUUGUGGGGGCCAUCAUCGGCAAGGAGGGCCUCACCAUCAAGAAUGUCACCAAACAGACACAGUCAAAAGUGGACGUUCAUCGUAAGGAAAAUGCAGGUGCGGCGGAGAAGCCCAUCACCAUCCACUCGACUCCUGAGGGCUGCUCUGCUGCCUGUCGAAUGAUCCUGGAGAUCAUGCACAAGGAGGCCAGCGAGACCAAGACGACAGAGGACAUCCCUCUGAAAAUCCUGGCCCACAACUGCCUGGUGGGCCGGCUCAUCGGGAAGGAGGGGCGCAACCUGAAGAAGAUCGAGGAAGAGACAGGGACCAGAAUUAAUAUCUCCUCGUUAUUUGAAAUGGCUUAUUGCAACCCGGAGAGGACCAUAGUGGUGAAGGGCACUCUGGAGGACUGUUGCCGAGCUGAGAAGGAGAUCAUGAAGAAGCUGCGAGAGGCCUAUGAGAAUGACGUUGCUGCUAUCCAUCAACAUGCACACCUAAUGCCAGGCAUGAACCUGAACACUCUGGGCCUAUUAUCCGGUCUGCCCAUGCUGCCUACUGCAGCCGGACCCCGAGGUGCAGUGCCCCCUGUGCCCGCUGCAGGGUACAACCCUUUCAUGAGUCACCCUUCACAUCUCAGCAGCAUGUACGGGGUUCCUUCAGGAAGUGCCAUCUCCAACCAGCACUCACAACAGGCUCCAGAACAGGAGGUUGUCUACCUCUUUAUUCCAACUCAGGCGGUCGGGGCCCUCAUUGGCAAGAAGGGUCAGCACAUCAAACAUCUCGCCCACUUCGCUGGAGCUUCCAUUAAGAUUGCACCAGCCGAAAACCCAGAUGUGCACUUAAGGAAGGUCAUCAUUACAGGAACGGCAGAGGCUCAGUUUAAGGCUCAAGGUCGGAUAUUUGGUAAGCUGAAAGAAGAGAAUUUUUUCUCACCGAAGGAGGAAGUCAAACUGGAGACGCAUAUCAAGGUUCCCUCGUCUGCAGCGGGCAGGGUCAUUGGCAAAGGUGGUAAGACGGUAACAGAGCUGCAGAAUCUUACAAGUGCAGAAGUUAUUGUACCGCGGGACCAAACUCCGGAUGAGAAUGACGAGGUGUUUGUGAAAAUCAGUGGACAUUUCUAUGCCAGUCAGACUGCUCAGAGGAAGAUUCGGGAGAUCGUUCAGCAGGUCAAACAACAGGAGCAGAAGCACCAGUCAAGCGGCACAGUGUCACCGCACCACGCCAAGUGACCCCCACCCGGCUCCAGCAGGCACCAGCCAUUGAAUGUAGCCCUCCCACGGACUGACCUCCCACACGGGCCACGGCCAAGGGGACUGGCAGGGCCGACCAGCACCGGGAUCAAACCAAAGAACUUCUGGAGGGAAACAAGUGAGAGCCAAAGGCUGAGGGCACUGUGUGCACUGCCAGCCCUGUGAGAGUCGGACACGCCGUACUGAUACGAAAAUAACACAAAAAAGACCAAAAAAAUCUACAAGACAGGUGGAAAAGGUGGAAACUGUUGUCUUCACAUAAAAACAGAAAUAGUGUCGCCCAGCAUAACGUUAUCUCUUCAGUUGGAUUAACAUAGGCCUAACAUCCAGAUAAAGCAUUGGUACUAACAUAUUUGUGAUUUGUUUUGGUUUAGAAAAAGAGCAGAAGACAAUGGACACCUUCGCUCCUCGGAGCUGGAGAGAAGUUCAAGUUUCCUUAGCAGUAUUAAUGCAGAGUAGAUGAGUAUACUGACACACACUAGGCCUGCACUGUUGUUUGUAUUGAAAUGACAGUGGGACUUGGUGUCCUUUUGAACAUGUUGGUUGUUUCAGACACUGACUGAGCUGCGACAGCCAGCUUUUCCCUUGUUUCUCUUUGAAAACUGAGACAACCCUGAAGUAUAAAUCUAGUGACUGAGUCUUUGUAACAAGCCUGUGUGUGUGCCAACGCAAAAGAUAACGUCCCCUCAUCACUCAGCUAAUGCUACCAUCGUUCAUUUAUCCUCCAAAUCACAUUUCUCACCGCGCGCUCUCAUCUGCUAUGUUUCAAAAUUAUUCUUUAUUGUCUGCUAACAUGUUGUUUUUCUGUAGCCUUUCGAUAACAUCAAACUGACUGCCACUUUUGCUCAACAGAGGUUAAUGCAGAGAUUUUAUUUUCCACCAGUCCUGUCAUCCUCCCAUGCUAUUCAGGAGACUGUAUCUACAUUCAUGCUUAUCGUCCUGCAAAAUAUAUGAAAAUCCAAAGUAUAUAGAAUCAUAGGGGGACAUCUUGUUUGACGAUCAUGUAAAAGAAAAGACGUCUUAAAAGAAUCGGUGCACUUUGCUUGUUCCCAGGUGACUUUGAAUGUGCACCUUGGCGCGCUCAGCCUUACGGGCCACAGAGGAGGCAGGAGGCAGUGGUCAGGGAGCGGUGGAGUGGCAGUAGGGGGGCGGGGGGAGGGAGCUCUGGGGGUGGUAGUUUUUGGGAGGGAGCACUGUAUGACCUGUGGCACACACAAUCCCGGCCACAGCGUUUGGCUUUAACCCUCUCUUGUCAGGGAGCUUUCUCAAAUGGGCAUGACAGCUGUGAAUGUAUGAUAUGCAGCCUUUUUUUAGAGACUCUGGUCCCUGUGGUGUCCAGCGGUGGGCCCCCUGCUUGGGGCAGCAGGAGCAGUGUCCAGUGGUGGGUCCACUGCUGGAGCGGCAGGUGCGGUGUCCCCUCUGUGUGUUACUAUGGAGAUAUGGAAAAGCGCGUUGCCUUAUUUUGUCAUCUUAAAACAUCACUAUCAGCUUCAUCUUCCAACACAGGUUAUUGCCAAUACGCACAGCUUCCCCCGUGUGCGCGGUGUGUGUACGUAUGUGUGUGCGUGUAUAUAUAUAAAAAAGAGAGAGUAAUAUUUAUGAAUCUAUUUUUUUCCUAUUUUGUGAUGAGAGCUAUUGAUAAGAAACAAAAGAAAACAAAGUCCUUUUCUUUUCCUCAGUGGGACACUGCCAUAUUAUUUUGAAGGGAAGUGUUUAUUUUCUUGAAAACGAGACUAUGAAUAAUGAAAAUAAUAAUAUAAAAAUCUGAAAAAAUGGGAGAACAGUGAAGUGACCAGUGUGUGAACUUUGGUCCGACGUGAACAGUGCGCAUGUCAGUAUUGUGAUCUACCUCAGGCUUCAGGGUACCUCAGUCCUAUCUGUCAUUUCCCCUUUUCCACAUUUUGUAUGCCUUGUUAACUAAUCAUUUGAAGCGUUUUUAAUUUUUCUUUUUUAAUGAAAAAAAUAACAAAAAGAACAAGAGAAAGAUCUACAGUAAUCUCCAAACUCUUCAGGUCCAGACACCUAGUGACCUUCAUAAGGGUAGUGCUGGACUGUCAGCCUGGACACAUCCUGUGUAUGACACAAGCUUGCAGCAGGGGCUUAGGGGUACAGGCCUGUCACACAUGGUUCUGAAAGUGGAUGUUGUGUACUGAAUUCACCUAGAUCUCUGUUGUUAAAGGAGAAGGAAGAGACUGAGUUUGACUGACUUGCCAGUGUUAUCUGUUCCAUGAGAAGCUCUUUUCAUUAAACCUAAACUGUAGCCCAUAGAGUAAAGCACUGAGCGGGACACAUUCAGCUGUGGUGCACCUGUCUGGCCAGGAGAGGCACAUCAGAUCAAUAUGUUUUGAAGCACAAGAAUACUUUCUUUUUGUCACUGCUGGUACUUGCUGGACGUUAGUCCAAAACAAAAACAUCUGAGCCAUAUACCUUUAGGGUGAUGGUUGAUCGUUAGGUAAAGUAACAAAAGCAAAAAUAUGAGAAACAAGUUUUGGGUGAAGUUUUUUUUUGACAAAACCUAACCUUGGUUUGUGAAUAGGAAGAUAAGAAAAUUAGUAGAGCACUAUUUUGUUUCUAAAAGUUUCAAAAGAUCUUUAUGCAAAGCAUAUUGUUAUUGUCCUGUCAAAGUGUCACUUACUUCUCCUUUAAUUUAAAACUUAACAACUGUACCUCCUGUUUUCCCAACUGUACCUCCAGGUUUUUCAAGACUUUUUACAACAACAGUACAAAUGUCGUGAUUAUUUUCUAAUAACUUCCUGUACUUACCAGCUCUAUUUGAUAAAACCGAACCACAUACUCUGGGCUUGAUUUUGAAGAAGCUGCAAAAUACACUGACAAGACUUUGGCAAAAAUAGCUUAAAAACCCAGUCGUCUGUGUAGAAUGUAGACUCUUAACAAUGUCACUGUGUUCAAGACAACUGUAUAUCUGUAAACAUGUACAAUAGCCACACAGCCAGAUAACCAUCGUCUCUCAUUAGGUAACACUUCUGCAAUGUGGGAGAUUCCUACAUCUAUUUUUUUUUUCUUAUCGUGCUGUAAAUUUGAGAAUUACCUCUUGUGAAUCCAACGCUGACUUAGUUACUAAACCAAUAACCUAGUAAAAGUUAGUGCUCAUUUUUAUUUUGAAGGGCAAAUUUUGUAGUCAUCAGAUGAGGUUUUAUUUUCUCGUCCCAAAUGAACACAAAUAAGCUGAAAUAAAACUACCAAGGUCUAAUGUCACAAAAUGCCUGAGGUCCUCGUCAAUAGGCCUCUCCUCAGCCGAAACAGUACCUCAUUCUGAUACUAGCUCACCAAACCAGAUUGCUAUCAUUUAACAUGCAGUAAAGUAGGUAUAAGGUGCUUGUACUGCGAUGCAUGACUUUGCUAUAUUAGAGCAUGUUUCUUUAAAGCCGCACUGGAUUUGUUAAAACUUGUCUUCUAGAGGAAUAGCCAGAUCUCCCAGUCUUGUCUUGUGCUUCUGGAUAAGUUUAGCAGCCAAAUUUAUCAAGGCGAAACUUUGUCAAUGAUAUAACCUUUUGUUUUUCCAAGGACUUGGUGUUUUAGUUUUGUGGGGUGUUGCUAUUGUAUUCGGUACCAGAAUAAACCACACAGUUUCACACAUCACUGAAAGAUGUUGUUAGUCAUAUCGCACGGUGGUUGGAUAGUUUAGUUUUUUGUUUUAUUAAUCUGGUUUUCAUUUAAUAAUCUACCAUAGUCUGAUAAAAGUAGCCGGGAUUCUUUGCUUUGAAUAUUCAUUCCUGUUAGGUCACUACUACCACAACUAGCAGUUUUGAAAAUAUAUAUACAUACUCUAGCAGAUUUUGGGAAUAGGAAUGGAAAGCUGUACUGACUUGUGAUGCAAAGUAGUGGAACAGUAGAAGUCUCCAGUUCUGAUCGUGAGAGAAAAGAGGGGAAAUUGUACAGCGUAGGUUUUGAAGGACUGGUUAAGUUUGGUGAGAUGUAUGCAGAGCUGCAGCAGUGUUUUUGGAUUAUUUUUCUGUGUAAGGAGAAACACGACGCAUCGCAUGAGACUGUACUGUAGGCACAUGAGCACUAGAUUUUCAAUCAAAUGGAUCCAUCUUUAUACCUGCAUUUCACCAUUUAUGUUUCCUCUGCCAUAGAAGUAUUAUCACUGAAAUGAGUACAGCGUCUAUGGUUACAGCCCUCAAUUCCUACAUUUUCCUUGAGUCACAAGGUCCUAAACGCCUCAACAUAAUCGUGGUGGUCUGCCGGAAACGCAUCUGUUUGAUCGUCUUGUUGUAAAUAGAUGCCUUUCCGGUGAUGGCCACGCUCUUGUUUUGAGUUGUGAGUGAACUGUAUUGCUGAGCAACCUGGAUCUGAGCAAUAAAGACUAUUUGAAAGAA